CUCCAGGUGGCGUUUGAGGACGUCGCUCUGUAUUUCACCCGGGAGGAGUGGGAGCUCCUAUCCCAGCCAGAGAAGCAGGUGUACCGGGACCAGAUGCUGAGGAAUUACCGGGUCCUUGUUUCCCUGGGCUAUUCAGGUUCCACACCGGACUUAAUCCACCGGAUCGAGGUAGGCGAGGCAGAGCUCUGGAUCCAGGAUGCCGAGGACUCCAGGGAAAGCUCCGGGCCUGAGAGCUCCUCCUCAGGUGAGUCAUAAUAACCCAGUCCCUUCUGAUUUACACACAUGCUAGUGGAGUGCUCUUUAAU